AUACAAUUUGAACGAGAUCCAACGGGCAGUAGUCCAACAAAGCGUUCCCGCGUGAGUCCUGCUCCUGCUCCCGAACAACCUGCAGAAACGCAGCCCUCAGUUAUUACGGCACUCAUGGACAUGGAACGUCGUGUGAGCCAGGAAAUGUGUGCUCGUUACCGUAACACCGUGAUUCAACCAGCAAACACGACGAGUAUUGGCGGUGAACCGUCGACUUCAGCCUUUUCACAGCCGAAUAAGCCAUGUACCGCUGAAGAUCUAAAUGAGAUAUCUCGAACAACGUUGUUAUUGAUGGUGGAGUGGGCUAAAGCGCUUCAACCGUUCCCGAAUCUGAUUAUGGAGGACAAGAUCAUUCUUCUGAAAAACUACGCCCCUCAACAUCUGAUUUUGAUGCCAGCUUUCAGAAGCCCUGAUACGACACGUGUAUGUCUGUUCAACAACACCUAUAUGAGCCGAGAUCAAUCAAGUGAGCUGAAUGGAUUUGCAGCGUUUAAGACGAGCAAUAUAACACCAAGGGUACUCGACGAGAUUGUGUGGCCAAUGCGCCAGUUACAAAUGCGAGAAGAGGAAUUCGUUUGUCUCAAAGCUUUGGCUUUUCUUCAUCCUGAGGCAAAAGGACUUACGCAAGUCAAGUCAAACACAAGUGCGAGAGGCUCAUAUGGUAAUAUUUUACUUCUGGCGCCAGCCUUGAAGGCUCUCACACAGUUGCUGAUUGAGAACAUGACGCUUACAAAAUUCUUCGGAUUGGCAGAAGAAAUGUGUGCUCGUUACCGUAACACCGUGAUUCAACCAGCAAAUACGACGAGUAUUGGCGGUGAACCGUCGACUUCAGCCUUUUCACAGCCGAAUAAGCCAUGUACCGCUGAAGAUCUAAAUGAGAUAUCUCGAACAACGUUGUUAUUGAUGGUGGAGUGGGCUAAAGCGCUUCAACCGUUCCCGAAUCUGAUUAUGGAGGACAAGAUCAUUCUUCUGAAAAACUACGCCCCUCAACAUCUGAUUUUGAUGCCAGCUUUCAGAAGCCCUGAUACGACACGUGUAUGUCUGUUCAACAACACCUAUAUGAGCCGAGAUCAAUCAAGUGAGCUGAAUGGAUUUGCAGCGUUUAAGACGAGCAAUAUAACACCAAGGGUACUCGACGAGAUUGUGUGGCCAAUGCGCCAGUUACAAAUGCGAGAAGAGGAAUUCGUUUGUCUCAAAGCUUUGGCUUUUCUUCAUCCUGAGGCAAAAGGACUUACGCAGUCAAGUCAAACACAAGUGCGAGAGGCUCGUAACCGAGUGUUAAAAUCGCUUUAUGCGUUCAUUUUGGAGAACAACCGCGAAGAAGCACCGACCAGAUAUGGUAAUAUUUUACUUCUGGCGCCAGCCUUGAAGGCUCUCACACAGUUGCUGAUUGAGAACAUGACGCUUACAAAAUUCUUCGGAUUGGCAGAAGUUGACUCGUUAUUAUCCGAGUUCAUUCUCGACGAUGUCAGCACUCAAAGCGCGGCACCAGAUAGCCUGCAGGCACAUUUGUCAUCACCGACUUCUUUGUCGAAUAGUAUUGCCUCCCCGGUGGUAUCGGGAAUUUCUCCGAUGGAUGGAAAUGUGGUGGUGAGCUCGGAUGCGAAUGGUAGUAGUACUGUGAUGACGAUACUU